AUGGCGUGCCUGCGUCCAGGGGCAUGGCUUGCGCCGUUGUGCCUGGUGCUCUUUGCACAUCUUGCUGUCCACUCCCUGGUCCUGGCUCAGGACUGCCCGACGGUCGCACCUUGCUUGGCUCAUCAACUGCCUCAGUAUAGCACAGCGGGCUGCCCAUCGUGCAGCAUGUCCAGCAAAACCCACUGCGGAUGUGAGACCCAUGCCAAUUCCACCAACAUCCAAGUGUGCGGAGCCGAUGGGCUCACGUACGACUCAAUUUGCCUGGCCCACUGCGCUGGCGUCGCCUACACCAGAGGCGCGUGCCUUCCUGGCAGUCCUGGAGUGGCUUCCUGCACCAAGAGUAGUGAAUUCUACCUGCUCUGUGAGCGCUCCAACGGCUUGCCGGUUUGUUACAACGGCACUCUGUACCAGAAUGAACAAUGCGCCUGGUGCGCGUUGAAUCGAACCCGCAUCCACACCACCUUGCCCGUGAACGGCGCUUGCCCCACCGGCGGUGACGGCAGUGGUGAAGCCUCCACCGCGAGUCCCUGCAUUUGUCCUGAAAACUACCAGCCGGUAUGUGGCAGUGACCUCCACACCUACGGCAACGCCUGCCAAGCCCGCUGCCACGGCGCAACGGUCCUCUACGAUAGCCCGUGCUCGGGCAUUCAAACCUGCGCCGAUCCAGAAACCACCGCCGCCAAAUACUGCAUGGCCCGCAACGCCCCUCGGGAGCUCGUCUGUGGCGAUGACGGCCGCCAGUACUACAAUACGUACUGCGCUGAAUGCAACGGUGUGCUUGCCAGCUACGGAGGCUACUGCGCUACCGGUGCUGUCGUGGACGUCCCUGCUUCCUCCUGUACGGCAGACCUGUUUCAAACCCGCUGCAACAGCUGCCCUUAUCCGGACUCACAACUCUGCCAAACAGUUUGCGUUGAUAACAUGCUUCAAUAUUCCAAUGUCUAUUGCGCGCAGUGUGCCGGUCACUCUGACUUCACCAUUGGCACCUGCCACCAGCAAUCCGAGCCCAGCGUCGUCAUCUCCUCCUGUCUUGCCAAUACCACGGGCAUCGCUGCUCUCUACACCGUUGCUUGUCAUGAGCGUGACGAGGAUCUGGUCUGCAGCCGCGGCGCUACCUACCGCAACAGAGCCUGCGCCAUUUGCAACGGCCUAGCCCAGUCAGAGAUUACCGCGGGCGAGUGCGACAUUGGAUUUGACUUUGUCGGCAACUGCACCCAUGAUUCACAGGAUCACGGCUGUACCUUCUUUGACUUUGACCCCGUCUGCGGCCUAGACACGGAUGUCACGUACAAAAACUUCCAAUGCGCCCAGUGCAACGGCGUUCGAGACUUUGUGACUGGACCUUGCAAUGCCACCAUCGACUACCAACCCUGCGACUCGGUCGAAUGUCCUAGCAACGCCGAGUGCACGCGCACGGUCGCUGAUUGCGACUUUGGCCAGGCCGACAGCUUUUGCGGGUGGACGCGCUCCAACGUGGCUAUCAGCAAUGACCCAACCCUGUCAGACGUCACCGUCUCGGAUGACAAUCAGUUUGCCGAAAUCAAGGCUGGUCAGCACGGCACCCUCGUCAGUCCCUGGAUGCCCACCAUCCUUUUCGGCUACAACUGCGUCCUAAACAUGUAUGUCUGGACCUCGGACGCCAGCGACACCCAGUUUGCCACACACAUCGUCAACUCGACUGGGCUUGAAGAAAGCGAUACCUGGAUCGGCCAGCUCGUGUCUCAACGCUGGCAGCUGGUUCGCGUCCCCAUCCGCUCCGUCGACACCAAUGUCACGGUGCGAAUUGAAGCCACAGCCCCCACUUCGGGUCGCAUUGCCCUGGACAACAUCGAGCUCGCCUGCGGUGAAGCCACCGAGGGUGAAUGUGCCUGCCUACCCGGUUACAUGGACGUCAACAACGCAACCGAGGCGGUCCAGUGCGUUGUCGACUCGGAUGAGAUUGCGCCCACUGACCAGCCCCCCGUCGUCGGUGUCGACACUUGCACAACCGAUGGAGUAUACGCGGACUAUUGUCAUAGUCGGGAUCAGAGUCUGGUCUGUGGCGUCAACUAUGCAUCACCGGCAACAAACAACCUGACCUUGUACAAGAACGAGUAUUGUGCUGCCUGCAAUGGUGUCGACCGCUUUUCCAUGGGACUCUGCUCAGAGCCGCCAAUCUCUCCCACGGAGCCCCCUGUCCAGACCUGCACGGCUGAAGGCUUGGCCAAGUUGGCCUCUCCGACCGAGCGCGCCCGGCUCAACGAAUCCUGCCUCAACGAAGACCUCACUCGCUAUGUUUGUUAUGAUGGAGUUACGUACAAGAAUGAGAUUUGCCUGUACUGCUCGGUAGCUAAUUUCUCGUUCAGUCACGCAACCUCGGGCGCUUGCGGCACCAUCCCCUCGGCCACGGAGCAAAUUUACAAGUCCUGCGCAUUAAACAUGUCUGCUCACCCCGAGCUCGCCACCUAUGAAGCGGGCUGUCUCAACAGUGCCGAUUCAACCAACAGCUACGUCUGUGCCAACGACCGAACUUAUGCCAAUCGCAAUUGUGCCAUUUGCAGUGGCUAUGGCCCGGCUGCCAUCUCUGCGGGUCCAUGCAGUGGCUUGCCAGAAAACAGCAUUUCCACCUGUGCGGAUGGGUCCAUCGAAGCAUGCCGCUGGUUUGAAAACGCAUUCGUCUGUGGCGUACAAUCGGACGGCUCCCUGGCCACCUUUAUGAACCCAUCCUGCGCCCGUUGCAACGGUGUGAGCGAGUACACGACCGGGACUUGUGCCGAUCCAGAGCCAGCACAGCCCUGUGACGCUGUCCAAUGUGCGGCUCAUGCAACCUGCAAGCUGACCAUCGCCGAUGCCGACUUUGAAUCGGGACUUGGCGGCUGGGACAACUCCGAGGGUGACGACUUGACUUGGUAUAUCGGAUCAUCGACUCCAUCUGCGGAGACUGGUCCGGCCUUGGACCACACAUACUAUCCCGAGUCUUGCAUUUUGAAUACGACUCAAACGCGCCAGUGCCCGGUCGCGACAUCCGCACCCCGUGGCCACUUUGCCUACAUUGAGGCCUCUGGCUUGCCGCGAGGCCCUCUCUCCACGGCUUACCUGUUGAGCCCCAUGGUCAAUCCAGCAAACGAGGGCUACCGUUGCCGCCUCAACUUUUGGUAUCACACCUUCGGUCGCGACAUCAAGUACCUGGCAGUGGAUAUGAAGCGCAAUCCCGAAACUGUUGUUGAGCAGUUUGAAACGCUAUGGCAGUAUGAACCGAGCACUCCCGGGGAAUCUUCGUUUGAUGUCUGGCGCCAACACAGCAUCACACUUGCUCCAGACAGUGCCUACGAUGACAGCAUCGUGCAGCUGCGCUUCCACGCUGGCGUGACUGGGCCCGAAGCCGAUAUCGCGAUUGAUGAUGUCGCUUUGGUGUGCGAUGACGAUUUUGUUGGCAGUUGCGUUUGUGAUCCGGGUUACUCCGGCGAUGGUGAAACCUACUGCAUUGCAGAUCCCAAUGAGUACCCUGCUUCAACCCUUCCGCCUACUGCCCCUGUCAAAACCUGCCCAAGCAAUGCCAACUUUUUGACAGCCCUGCUAUGUCGGCAAAACGCUGUCAGCCUGCCUGAUGUGUGCGAUGAAGCCACUGACACGAGCUACGCCAGCGCCUAUUGCGCUCAUUGCAACGGAGUCACUGAGUUCCGUCGCGGCCGCUGCGAUCAGUUGGAACCCGGCGUUGACAUUAUCACCACUUGUCCCCGUGAUGCCUCGCCGAUCUACACCCAGCUUUGCUACACAAUGCCCCUGGAGAUCACAUGCUAUAAUGGACAGAACUAUGCAAACCCACAGUGCGCGGUGUGCAACGGGGCCUCUGUUAAUGAGGUCAACAACCCGCGUGAAUGUGGCGUCAACUCUACAUAUGAAACAUGCUCAACCGAAAACGGCCACGACGACUCGCUGGUCCUCCUCUGCAGCUUCUCAGCCCUGGACCCGGUCUGCGCCAAUGGCACCCACACUGUCCGCAGCUUGCCAUGCGCCGAGUGUCUGGGCUAUGGAUCUGACGUCAUCAUUGGGGGUGUGUGUGGGCAGCCUGCUUACCACGAGUCGUGUGCCGACCUCGUGUGCCCGGCCCACUCGAGCUGCGCCCGGACCGUGGCUGACUGCAAUUUUGAAGGAGAAGAUGGCACACCCAAGCUGUGUGGCUGGACCAACGAUAUUUCCGCUGAUGACUUUGACUGGAAGCUAGGAUCCAACGGCACGUAUACUGCUGGUACCGGACCUUCCGUGGAUCACACCUACGGCACUGCUGAGGGACACUUCAUGUACAUUGACGCAUCUGGUCAGCAGUCAAACCACUUUGCCCAGCUCACGUCACCCAAGUUCAACAUUAGCGAACUUGGCUCCGCUUGUCAUUUGAGCUUUUACUACCAUAUGCUGGGCCAAAACGUUGAGAACUUGACGCUUGAGAUACAAGGAGCUGGGGACAGCGAUUUUGUCCCUGUAUGGGUUGCGGUUGCCCCUGUUGACUCGGCCGAGCCCAGCAUUUACGACCGUUGGCGUCAUGGCCAACACUGGCUCACAAACUAUGAGGACAUGAUCCAACUGCGCUUCAAAGGCUUCCGCGGCGACGGUGUACAGGGUGACAUUGGUCUUGAUGACAUUGAGGUCGUCUGUGACGCUGAGGACUUUGGUGACUGCAAGUGCGAUGCAGGCUACAGCCUCGAUGCCACCGGGGCGUGCACUGCUGAUCUCACAACAGCUUUGGGUGAAGAUGCGCGAUUCACCAACCUCACAUAUCUAAUCACAACGGCGGAUAUCGCGAGCAACUUUGAUGGCAAUGGUCCAUUCAUUGGUGUACUUCCCACGGAUGACGGUCUUCACCCUAUGAUGCCCUUCUUCCUCAAUUUGAGCUCGUACAACCGAACGCUGUUUGUGGCCACGGUCCGGGCGCUGGUGAAUCGUCAUCUGAUCCUCUCCAACGAAACGUUCCAAGACCAUGCUACAUUUGCUACCUUGGAUGGCACCCAUGUUAGCGUGGCGCCGGGCAGUCAAGGCCAGUUUGUGGUUACAACUCAUCCGAAAGGUCAUGGGUCUGCAAGCACAGGACGUGCUGAUGAGAAGCCGUUCCUGGUCAACGCUGACGGGGCCUUUUAUGCGUUGUCGGCCCCAUUGAUCAACGACCUGUUUGCCCCAAUCCCAGGGACCCUCGCGCAUUGCCAUUGUGUAGUUGGCGAAUGUUACGUUUACGUCCAGCCAAAGGCGCAGUGCACCAGCACAUUUGCCGAGAUCUACUGUCCUGAAACGUUUUGUUCUGGGGAGCCAGCUUCUUGGAGCACCUCCUCCACAACAAUGGCCCCUGCACCUCAGCUUACCAAUGUGACCAUGUAUUUUGAUGCAUCCUACGACGACUAUCUCCCCUCAGAACAAAGCAUACUUGCUUUUAAAGCAGCAGUGCGUUAUCAGGCAGAGUCGUUUGUACCACGUUACUCCAUCGUUCGAGUGUUCGUGGCACCGGGCAGCAUCCAGGUCACUGUGGAGCUGAAUUCUGCAGACUCUGCGACUGCUCUGUUCAACAGCAUUCAAGCAGGGAACUUUGUGCACCACAUCAUCUACCACAUCAUCCCCCGACGCGACAACGGCUGCAACCACCACCACAUCAUCUACCACAUUAUCUCCGGCCACGACAACGGCUGCAACCACCACCACAUCAUCUACCACAUUAUCUCCGGCCACGACAACGGCUGCAACCACCACCACAUCAUCUACCACAUCAUCUCCCGCCACGACAACAGCUGCAACCACCACCACAUCAUCUACCACAUCAUCCCCCGACGCGACAACGGCUGCAACCACCACCACAUCAUCUACCACAUUAUCUCCGGCCACGACAACGGCUGCAACCACCACCACAUCAUCUACCACAUUAUCUCCGGCCACGACAACGGCUGCAACCACCACCACAUCAUCUACCACAUUAUCUCCGGCCACGACAACGGCUGCAACCACCACCAUAUCGUCUACCACAUCAGCUCUCGGCACGACAACGGCUGCGACCGCCAUAACCACGACAGUUGCGGACAGCACAACUUCAUGGGUGAGUACUACUGCUUCUGGCACGACGACUGCAUCACACACCACACUAGGUACUACGAGCGCGACACAAGCGCUCAGCUCAACGGCCACUACGCCCGGCGCAUCUACUACUACAAAGAUCACCACCACGCCCGGCACAUAUACUACAAAAGUCACCACCACGCCCGGCGCAUCUACUACUACAAAGAUCACCACCACGCCCGGCGCAUCCACUGCCAAUCCGAGCUCAGUCACCACGACGCCCGACGCAUCCACUGCCAACCCCAGCUCAGUCACUACGACGCCCGACGCAUCCACUGCCAACCCCGGCUCGUCCACUCCUGGCUCUGCGGAUCAACGACUACGGCCUCGGCGAAAUCGACGCCGUCAAGUGACGCAUCAACCUCAUCGGCCAUUGCACCUGAGCCAGUCACCAACUCACCCUCCACCGGCAAAUCAAACGAUGGCGGGAAGAAGCGUAGCGUUGUCAUUGCGGCUGUCGUGGGUUCUCUAGUGGUGUUUGCCAUUGUUGCUGUGCUCGCUGCCUUGUAUGCACGUCGUCGACGAGCCGGCGCGGUGGAUCUUAUGUCUAACCAGUUUAAUGGCGAGUAUGCCAACCCGACCUUUAAUACAAACUCGUCAGUCCUCGCCUUUGACAAUCCCUACUACGGCGAGCAGCCAGAGGACGAUGUUUUGUAAGCAAGGGUCUACAAUGGGAUCCAUGGUUCCACGAGCCAAUUUGUUGAUUG